UUCAUUUUCGCAAUAUGAGCAGGAAUAAUUGGAUCAUCAAUAAGAAUAAUUAUCCGAAUACAAUUAAGAGCACCAGGAAACUGAUUAAAUAAUGAUCAAAUCUACAACUCAAUUGUAACCUCACACGCAUUCGUAAUAAUCUUUUUUAUAGUAAUACCUUUCAUAAUUGGAGGAUUUGGAAACUGACUAGUACCUUUAAUAAUUGGAGCUCCUGAUAUAGCAUUCCCUCGAAUAAAUAACAUAAGAUUCUGAUUACUAUUACCCUCAAUAUUUUUAUUAUUACUUAGAAGAAUUAUAAAUUCAGGAUCAGGAACAGGAUGAACAGUAUACCCACCUUUAUCUUCAUUAAUAUAUCAUCCCUCUAAUUCUGUAGAUAUAACAAUUUUCUCACUACAUAUUGCAGGAAUUUCAUCAAUUAUAGGUGCAAUUAACUUUAUUAUUUCAAUUAACAUAAUAAAAAAUAAUUCAAUAAAUCACGAUCAAAUAAGAUUAUUUCCAUGAUCUGUUAUAAUUACAGCUAUUUUAUUAUUAUUAUCACUACCUGUAUUAGCAGGAGCAAUUACUAUAUUAUUAACAGAUCGGAACAUAAAUACUUCCUUUUUUGACCCAACAGGAGGAGGAGAUCCGAUUCUAUAUCAACAUCUAUUUUGAUUUUUUGGUCAUCCAGAAGUAUACAUUCUAAUCCUACCUGGUUUCGGCCUAAUUUCACACAUUAUUUUCAAUGAAAGAGGUAAAAAAGAAACAUUCGGAAAUCUAAGAAUGAUUUAUGCAAUAUUAGGAAUUGGAUUUUUAGGUUUCAUUGUCUGAGCUCAUCACAUAUUUACAAUUGGAUUAAAUGUUGAUACCCGUGCUUAUUUUACUUCCGCAACUAUAAUUAUUGCCGUCCCUACAGGAAUUAAAAUUUUUAGUUGAUUAGCAACAUAUUAUGGAAUUAAAAUUAAACAAUCACCUUCUAUAAAAUGAUCUAUAGGAUUUAUCUUUUUAUUUACUAUAGGAGGAUUAACAGGUAUUAUAUUAUCUAACUCCUCCAUUGAUAUUAUAUUACACGAUACUUAUUAUGUAGUAGGACACUUCCAUUAUGUUCUAUCUAUAGGAGCUGUAUUUGCUAUUAUUGCCAGAUUAGUCCACUGAUACCCUUUAUUCACAGGAUUAACACUAAAUAAAAAUAUACUUAACAUUCAAUUUUAUUUUAUAUUUAUCGGAGUAAACCUAACAUUCUUUCCCCAACACUUUCUAGGAUUAAUAGGAAUACCUCGACGUUAUUCUGAUUACCCAGAUGCUUACUACUGCUGAAAUACUUUAUCUACCUUAGGUUCAAUAAUAACAUUCAAUAGAUUAAUUAUAUUAAUUUUCAUUAUAUUAGAAAGUUUAAUCAAAAAACGAUUCAUCCUCUUCAAAUACUAUCAAUCAUCUUUAGAAUGAACACAAACAUACCCUCCACUUAAUCAUUCAUUUAACGAAUUACCUAUUAUCAACAAAAAUUAA